AUGGCAACUACUAUUAAGAUAGUCGUUAGAGCAGCCAAUAAUGUGGAGACCCAACUUAGGGAGAAGGGUAUAGAAAGAGUUGAGGUAGGGGAAAAAAGGAAGUUUGAGGGGUCUUCAAUAUCCAACAAAAAAAAUAGGUUCCCAAAGUCUGAAUCUAACAACAAGAGGUAUGGGGAUAUCAAUGAAGAAAAGUGGUGUGACAAGUGCAGAAGGAAACACAUUGGAAAAUUCUCUAAACAGGUUACCUGCUUCAAAUUCCAGAAGACUGGACACUAUGCCAACGAAUGUGUAGCCAAGAGAGAAGUAUGCUUUAAGUAUGGUGAAAAUGGACACUUCAAGCAAGACUGCCCAAAGAGAGAAGGAGCUACAAAGCCAAGCAUGUCAUAG